ACCCUCUCAACGUAGGAACCAUUCAUCUGUGGAGGAAGAUUACAGAGGCUAGGCUAUAGAAGUGAGAAGUGAAAUGAGAUAAGUAACUGAUAUGGGAUGGAUAGACCGAAACAGCGCAUACUAAAAGCAGCGCGGGUAUAACUAAGGACUCCGUAAAAGACUCUUGCUUGUCGUCUCUGCUACCUACACCCCUCCUCUAAAGAGCCGGCCGGUUUCCAAUUUCUUUCACUGCCUAAUCUCCAUAUCACACUCUUCUUCAGCUAUUAUUCUCGACCUUCUUUUCUCCCUUUUGGAUCGCAUGUCACCCAUCUGAAAACAAGUGUCUUGGAUGAAGAAAAUUCAGAAAGAGACCAAGUGGGCACCGACAAUUUCAGAUCUUCAGGUGCACUCGAGUUCCGAUUCUUUUUCCCCAAUCUCUAAGGAGAUUCAAUUUGAAUUUGAUAGCAGGCUCGUCGGUCUGAUCCAUAUUUGAUUUGGAUUGGUGGAAUUCUCAAUAAAGAUUCAAUCUUUAAAUCCUUUGUUUCAAUCCAAAUGGUCUGUUUCCAUAGCACAAUUUCGGUUGACCAACAUAUAGCUAUGGCUAAAUCUGUUAACUCAACCGACCCUGGCUUGAAACUGAAGCAGAUCAAUCAGAUACACAGGAAAAAGAACUCUUCCAAUCCCCAGAAUCACUUGAACAUUCCAGCAUGCCAGCAAUCUCGCUCUGCUGUCGUUGAUGUGAUCAUCAUGAUUGCUGUGAUUGGUGCUUGCGGAGUCUUAUUGUAUCCGUGUGUAAAGAGUUUAGUCCACGCUACUGCUGAAUUUGUUGAAGAAGCUGCAUAUAUCUUCACAGAGGAAAUUUUCCGCGCUCCAGUGGUCUAUGGAUGUUUUGGGCUGAGCAUUUUAUUUGCUCUGUUAGCACUUGUAGCAAUCACAGUCUAUACGAGUAGGACAUGCGGGAAUCCUGGUUGUCGUGGGCUAAGGAAGGCUGCUGAAUUUGAUAUACAAUUGGAGACGGAGGACCGUGUGAAGAGUUCAUCUGGGAUAGCGAAAUUAGGGGUGAAGAAGGGACUAUUUCAGUUGCCUCGGGACCAUCAUAGAGAACUGGAAGCAGAGCUCAAGAAGAUGGCACCGCCCAACGGGCGAGCUGUACUGGUGUUUCGAGCUAGAUGUGGAUGUUCUGUCGGCAGAAUGGAAGUUCCUGGACCAAGAAAGUCUCGAAAGGUUAAGAAGUAGAUUUGGAUAUGAUGCAUUAUUUUAUACAAAUAAAUUCACCAUACACAUAGUUAUAAUGAUGGGAUGAUACCAUUUGUCGGUAAUCUCCCGAAAUUACAAAAUUGCACAAUAAACUUAUUGGAAUAAGAUGCAUGGAUUAUACUAUAAUGAAAAUUAGGAAUUGUUUAUUUUCA